AUGCAGAUCCCUCCAGUUAAAUUUGAUGUGGAAACUAUUAUUAAGGCACAGGCAGUUUCAAACGUGGUUGGUGGUGACGAAAAUAUGUCGAUCUCUCAGAAUAACAUUCCCGUUAUUAAUCUACCCAUACAAAACGGUGUGAUUCCUGGACAUCGGUCAGCAGAAUCAUUUUCCGACUUUUCCCUUUUACGGAAAACAGAAAUCUUCAACUUUUUUUCCAAUUUGCUUGGAAAUUCCCUUCGUCUUUCCCCAUGCAAACCACCUGCUCAGGAGGAAAAACUUGAAGAUAUGUUAAGUUCUUCCAUUCGACGAGCAAUUUCGGAAUCUCUCUCUAUGGGAAAUUCAGUAAAUGUGAGUAUACGCGGGAGUCUUACUAUUUCGUCUGAAGGCCGAAAACCUAUGACAGUCACUUUCACUGACGGAGCUGUUCGUUUCACAACGAAGACAACCGCCACUGUGACCCCUUCGAAAAGAAAAGCCUAUCAUCCGGUGAAGUACACUGGAUCAACACCUUCAUCUAAUUCCUCCUGUUCUUCCACAGUGAAUCCACCACACCUCUCUGGCUGCACUACGCCGUCAAUUUCAGAGCCAUGCGCCCUCGACCUCUCAAAAGGCUUUUCAUCUGUUCCCUCUGCUCAGGUUACUCCAUUAAAGUUAAAACAAACACCCGUGGCCCAAAGUUCUCCGUUCAACUCGAUGGCGUUGCUACAGCCAGGUAACCUUGUCAAUCUUUAUCAAACACAGCAGAAUGUAUUCGGAUCUGCACCUACAAUGCUGUCCACUGCAGAUCAAGAUUCCAGUGAAAUAGUUUCAGGGCCCGCAAAGAGGAGGCGCAGUGGUUCCACCAACGUGCGAAAGUCAAACUCAACGCGUCAAUUUGCAUGCAAUCAGUGCGAAAAUGUGUUUGGCUCACUCCAAGACCUUGAGGAACACACUACAAGCAUACACGGUGCCUAUCGUUGCCAUAUUUGCAGUGCCAAGUUCACCCAGCGAUCAAAUUUGCAGCGGCAUGCCUUAAAACACGUGGGCUUUAAGCCCUUCGAAUGUGGUCUUUGCGAAAGAGCGUACUUUCGUAAAGAUCACCUCAUGCGUCACAUGGAAACAACUCAUCCGGGGGUUCCAGCACGUGCGAACAUCCAUGUGCGACUAACAUCUUCAGAAAGCCUUGACUACCUCAGUCGCUUCGUUGGGACUGGAAAUAGCGUAGAGGAUGUAAAACAGGCGAACGAUGCCGAUGAUAAGGAAACUAGGGACCAACAGUGUCUAAUUAUAAAAGCAAAUUCAGGACCCGUGGUUGAUGGAACUCGGUCUAUUGGGUCUGAGGACACAACGAAAUCGCCAGAGUCCUUUCCGGUGGAGUCUAAUCUCAUGGGGCUAGAGGAGGCUAUCUUGUCCACGACUACACCCUGUCCUGACGCGUAG